AUGGAGACGGACCACGCCUCAGGCGAAGAAAAGGAGAAUUGGAGCGACAAGGACAAAAUGGACGGCAGCCACAUCGCCCAUCCCGCCACCGCCGACAUGCACGGCCCGCCGCCGCCGGAGCUGGGCAGUCCGCUGCUUCCGCCGUCCCUUGCACGCACCAUCACCUUGGGCACCGGCACCAUUCGCGGGGCCGUCCGCACGGCGCGCUCGGUCGGCCGCGUGCCCUUUUACGCGGCCCAGUACACGACCGCGGCGGGCAUCGAGAUCAGCCGCCGCGUGCUGGACGCGACGCUGGGCCAGACGGGCCGUAAUCUUUGCGCACAGUGUGUCACCGUGGACCGGGGCGCCGGCAGCGGUGGUGGCGAUGGCGAUGGAGAGAGUGACGAGCAUAAUGACGGACAGGACGGAGACGCCGACCGCGCACGCAUGGAGUCGGUCGUCCGGUCGACGUCCGAGGCGGCGCAACGCGGCUUCAACUACCUGCAGCUGGUGACGGCGGCGGGCUUUGAGCUGACCGGCAGCAGCGUGGCCACGCUCAUGGACGCGUCCGAGGUGCUGCUCAUGCUGCUCAACAACACACUGGGCUCGACCGAGUCGUCGCGGGCCCUGCGCAGCAUCCUCAAGUUUCUGUCGCAGGAGUUCCAGAACCCCGCCACGGGCCUGCCCGGCGAGCGCGUCGGCAUGCGCGAUCUGCUCUGGGGCGUGUGCGGCCUCGUGUACCUGCAGUCGGUGUGCCGGCAGCAGGACGAGCAGCUGCGCGUCAGCCAGGCGCUCGAGACGGUCGUCUGGGACGUGGUCGUCCUGGACGGCCAGAGAGUCGACGUGCACGAGAGCAGCCUCUACGGCAUGCACCGCGGCUCAUACCAGCCGCUGCGCACCGAGCAGAAGGAAAAGGGCCACAUGGACGGCCACGUGGACGGCGCGGGCGACAACGAGGCCGACAGCGACGAACCCGACCUGGCCGAGUCUCUUAUCCGGAGCCAAGUGCUGGCCGCCACAUCGUCCGAUGCCCGAAUCACAGUGUCCACCACCACAACCAAGACGGUCACCGUCGACAUCACCGCCAGCCAGCCGCCGCCUCCCAUCGCACCACCACACGGCGUCGAGCUGGUCGAGCUGGGCCCGCUGCGGUCCUACCAAGACACCGUCGCCGGUUCGCAUGCAGACCAGAGCCCGACGACAUACCGCAUUGUGUUCCGCAUAAAUAUGGACGGCGAGCAAACAGGACCCGACUCGCCAACGAGCCCGGCCCUCGAAAACACGAUACGUAGAAUUGAGCAGGUAGACGACUCGUCGUCCGACACACCAAUGGAAAACGCCGGCAUACCCUCGACGGAGAAGACGACUGCACCGACGACAGCACCUAUAUUUCCAACCAGCGAAGCCGACCGCAGCAAACCGUUGCCUGCCUCUCCGACCACGGCCGCAAAGGGUGCCGGCCAUACGCGGUAUCCUCUUGAGACGCUGCAGCCACAGCCAUCUGUUGCCAACCAAAAGAAGGUUCGUCAGCCAGCAGCUGCUGCUGCUGCGUCAUCCACCCAGUCACGGACGUCUUCCAGCAGAACGCCCGUCGUUCCUGGCCGCCGCUCGUCGGGCCAGGCGACAACGACGAUGACAGCAUCUACGAAACCGGCGACGACGGCCACCGACAAGAAGGCGUCGGGCGGUAUUCGUGCCGCAUUCAAAAAACCCGCGCUUGGCAACCUGCUCCACAAGGAGCCACCGUCGUCAAACUCCCAGUCCAAGUCGGCAACCACAGAGCCAGCAUCGUCCACGCUGUCCACGCUGUCCUCGACCGCCCGCAAAAGCGCCACCACCCGGGCUCUCUCACCCCCUGCAUCACUCGUGCUGCCGAACAAGAAGAGCAAGACGAACAGAGGCAAGGCCAGCGACAAGGAAAAGGCCGACAAUGCCACGGCCCCCAGCGCGCCGCCGUCGCGGACCAGCGCGGCGAGCAACAAGACCCAGCUCGUACGGACGCCGCUCACGUCCGGGGCCCUCUACCGACACGAAUCGCCUCCGCUGCGCCCGCCAACGCCGGCCAGGGACAGCGACAUGCCCCAUGCCUACGGCAGCGUCCACCACCGCAGAGGGAAGAGCACCAUUCCCGACGACCUCCGCUCGAUUGCCUCGUUUGCCUCCUUGGCCUCGUCGCUCGCCGACAACAUCUCCAUCCACACGACGCAGCAUGACACAGCACGUCCUGGCACCGCAACCAGCCCCAAGGGCCAUCGAUCACGGGCGCACCGCGGCAGCAUCUACACGCUGCACACAAACGACUCCCAAGCGUCGCUGAUCCUGUCGGCCUACGGCCCCGGUCGGAGGAGUUACAUGGAUUCGGGCGGCGGCGGUGGCGGCGGCGGCGGCGGUCCACCUGGUGGCUUGGGAAGCGACGGGUAUGGUCACGGUCCGGGGGGUCCUGCUGGCAAGAAGGGCCACCCGAUGCGUCCCUUUGACAUGCUGAGCGAAGUGCGGCGCACCGGACGGGUUCCCGGCAUGUUUCCGCAAGCCCCGCUGGCGCGCAACCUGCAGCGGUACAUGCGCUUCUCGUCCGCCGCGUACGGCCGGGACUUUCUGCGCGCGAUGAGCAUCACGUCCGCCGCGUUUGGCCCCUACGACGGCAACGACCCGGACGGCCGCAAGCAGCGCGAUACCCAGAACGUGCACCACGAACUCGUGUCGUACGCGCGGCACACGGGCGUGGCCCCCGCGGACAUUCUCAUGGCCUCCUUCAUCGACGUCAAGGGCGGGCCCGACGCGGCCGGCCUGACGCGCAUGCCGCUCGUGCACUACAUCACGCUGGACCACGCGUCCAAGGCGGUGGUGCUGGCCUGCCGCGGCACGCUCGGCUUCGAGGACAUUCUGGCCGACAUGGCCUGCGAGUACGACGACCUCUACUGGCGGGGCCGCACGUACCAGGUGCACAAGGGCGUGCACGCCUCGGCCCGCCGCAUUCUGUACGGGGGCGACGGCCGCGUCUUGGCCACGCUGCGCGACGCCCUGCUCACGCACCCCGACUACGGCCUCGUCCUCUGCGGCCACUCGCUGGGCGGCGCCGUCACGGCCCUGCUGGGCGUGAUGCUCUCCGAGCCGCGGCCCGUCCACGCCGGCAGCGCUGGUAACGCCGGCAACGCAUCUGGUGCGAAUGGAAGCGCAUCCGCAUCUGCCUCCGAAACCGCAUCCGCGGCGGCCCUGGGCCACUACUGCUUCCAGACCAAAUCGGCGCCGCUUCGUCUCCUGGCGAGUGCUGCUGCUGCUGGCACCAGUGGUUCAGCGAGCGCCAGCCGUGAGGUCCCCAGCCUGCCGCCGGGCCGGCCGGUGCACGUCUUUGCCUUUGGGCCGCCGGGCACCAUGACGCCGGCCCUCUGCAAGAUGACGCGCGGCCUGAUUACGAGCGUCGUGCAGGGCAACGACCUGGUGCCCUACCUGUCGCUCGGUGUGCUGCACGACCUGCAGGCCGUCGCCCUGGCGUUCAAGACGGACAAGAGCCACGCGUCGGCGGAGCUGUGGAGCCGCAUGUGGCACAAGAUGCGCACCAUGAUGACGGAAAAGGUGUUUGGCAAGGCAGCCGCGGCGGCGGCGGCAGCCGCGGCGGCCGACAGCGCCAAAGCAGCAGACAAUGCGGGUGCGUUUGCAGCCGAUCCCGGCAGUGGGCCUGGCGUCGGCAUUGACGAUGCAUGGGCCUACGCGGCGCUCAAGACGCUGCGCGUGAGCAUGAUGAGCCCCAAACUGCUUCCGCCGGGCGAGGUGCUCGUGGUCGAGAUGCAGCGCGUGCUGCAGCGGACGUCGUACGGUACGGGCGCACACGCAGGCGGAGGCGGAGGCACCGACGCGAUGCUCAUGGUCUUGCCGGCGCAGCGGGUCGUGUUCAAGCACGUGCGCGACGUCGAGGCGCGGUUCCGGGAGAUCCAGUUCUCGCUGGCCGCGUUUACGGACCACAGCCCCGGGCGCUACGAGAAGGCACUGGACCAGCUGGUGGCCGGCGUGUGA